AUGAGUCUUUGGGUGGACAAAUACCGACCGACAUCUCUCGGCAAACUCGACUACCACAAAGACCAAGCGUCACAACUGAAAAAUCUGGUUCAAUGUGGCGACUUCCCCCACUUGCUGGUGUACGGUCCUUCAGGCGCGGGCAAGAAGACUCGAAUCAUGUGUCUGCUGAGGGAGCUCUACGGCCCCGGCGUGGAAAAGCUUCGCAUCGAGCACCAAACUAUCGUGGCUCCCUCCAAGAAGAAGAUUGAGAUCAACACCAUAGCCAGCAACUACCACCUGGAAGUCAACCCCAGUGAUGCAGGCAACCAAGACCGCGUGGUGAUCCAGGAGUUGAUCAAGACCAUGGCUCAGUCGCAGCAGAUCCAGUCUAGCACGCAGCGAGAGUUUAAAGUGGUGCUGCUUACCGAAGUGGACCGGCUGACCAAGGACGCCCAGCAUGCUUUGAGGCGCACCAUGGAGAAGUACAUGUCCACCUGCCGCCUGGUGCUCUGCUCCACUUCUACCUCUAAGGUCAUCGGGCCAAUACGCAGCCGUUGCCUUGCUGUCCGCGUUCCCCUGCCCAGUACAGAGGAGGUGUGUCACGUCCUUACGUCAGUGUGCAAAAAAGAGGGACUUAUUCUUCCGACCGAGCUGGCCAAACGGAUCAGUGACAAGUCGGGGCGCAACCUUCGCAAAGCUCUGCUGAUGUGCGAGGCCUGCAGGGUGCAGCAGUACCCGUUCUCGCCGGACCAGGACGUCACAGAAACUGACUGGGAGCUGUUUCUCCGCGAAACUGCCAACGCCAUCGUCAGCCAGCAGACCCCGCAGAGACUGUUUGAGGUGAGAGGUCGUCUGUACGAGCUGCUGACUCACUGCAUCCCUGCUGACAUUAUCAUGAAGGGUUUGGUGAGGGAGCUUCUGAACAACUGUGACGGGCACCUGAAGCCAGAGGUGGCGCAGAUGGCGGCGUACUACGAGCAUCGACUGCAGCUGGGCAAUAAAGCCAUCUACCACCUGGAGGCCUUCACCGCCAAGUUCAUGGCAAUCUACAAGAAGUUCAUGGAAGACGGCAUGGACGCCAUGAUGUUCUGA